ACUACAAACUCCACUACCACCUCCACUACCACCUCCACUACCACUACCACCUCCACUACCACCUCCACUACCACUACCACCUCCAUUACCACCUCCACUACCAUCUCCACCACCUCUACUACCACCUCCACUACCACUACCACUACCACCUCCACUACCACCUCCACUACCACUACCACCUCCACUACCACCUCUACUACCACCACAACUACCACUACCACCUCCACUACCACCUCCACUACCACUACCACUACCACUACCACCUCUACUACCACCACCACCUCCACUACCACCUCCACUACCACCUCCACUACCACUACCACCUCCACUACCACCUCCACUACCACCUCCACUACCACUACCACCUCCACUACCACCUCUACUACCACCUCCACUACCACCUCCACUACCAUCUCCACUACCACUACCACCACCACUACCACCUCCACUACCACUACCACUACCACUACCACUACCACUACCACUACCACUACCAUCUCCACUACCACUACCACCUCCACUACCACCUCCACUACCACUACCACUACCUCCACUACCACCUCCACUACCACCUCCACUACCACCUCCACUACCACCUCCACUACCACUACCACCUCCACUACCACCUCCACUACCACCUCCACUACCAUCUCCACUACCACUACCACCUCCACUACCACCUCCACUACCACUACCACCUCCACUACCACCUCCACUACCACCUCCACUACUACCACCUCCACUACCACCUCUACUACCACCUCCACUACCACUACCCUCUCCACUACCACCUCCACUACCACCUCCACUACCACCUCCACUACUACCACCUCCACUACCACCUCUACUACCACCUCCACUACCACCUCCACUACUACCACCUCCACUACCACCUCUACUACCACCUCCACUACCAUCUCCACUACCACCUCCACUACUAUCAACUCCACUACCACUACCACCUCCACUACCACCUCCACUACUACCACCUCCAUUACCACCUCUACUACCACCUCCACUACCACUACCACCUCCACUACCAUCUCCACUACCACCUCCACUACUAUCAACUCCACUACCACUACCACCUCCACUACCACCUCCACUACCACCUCCACUACCACUACCACCUCCACUACCAUCUCCACUACCACCUCCACUACCACUACCACCUCCACUACCAUCUCCACUACCAUCUCCACUACCACCUCUACUACCACCUCCACUACUACCAGCUCCACUACCACUACCACUACCACCUCCACUACUACUACCUCCACUACCACCUCCACUACCACUACCACCUCCACUACCACUACCACCUCCACUACCAACUCCACUACCACUACCACCUCCACUACCACCUCCACUACUACCACCUCCACUACCAGUACCACUACCACCUCCACUACUACCACCUCCACUACCACCUCCACUACCAAUACCAUCUCCACCACUACCACCUCCUCCACUACCACCUCCACUACCACCUCCACUACCACUACCACCUCCACUACCACCUCCACUACCACUACCACCUCCACUACCACCUCCACUACCACCUCCACUACCACUACCACCUCCACUACCACCUCCACUACCACUACCACCUCCACUACCACCUCCACUACCACUACCACCUCCACUACCACCUCCACUACCACUACCACCUCCACUAUCAGCUCCACUACCACCUCCACUACCACCUCCACUACCACCACUAUCUCCACUACCACCUCCACUACCAUCUCCACUACCACCUCCACUACCACCUCCACUACCACCACUAUCUCCACUACCACCUCCACUACCACUACCACCUCCACUACCACCUCCACUACCACCUCCACUACCACUACCAUCUCCACUACCACCUCCACUACCACCUCCACCACCACCACUAUCUCCACUACCACCACCACUACCAGCUCCACUACCACUACCACUACCACCUCCACUACCACCUCCACUACCACCUCCACUACCACCACUAUCUCCACUACCACCACCACUACCACCUCCACUACCACUACCAACUCCACUACCACCUCCACUACCACCUCCACUACCACUACCAACUCCACUACCACCUCCACUACCACCUCCACUACCACUACCACCUCUACUACCAUCUCCACUACCACUACCACUACCACCUCCACUACCACCUCCACUACCACUACCACCUCCACUACCAUCUCCACUACCACCUCCACUACCACUACCACCUCCACUAUCAGCUCCACUACCACCUCCACUACCACCUCCACUACCACCACUAUCUCCACUACCACCUCCACUACCAUCUCCACUACCACCUCCACUACCACCUCCACUACCACCACUAUCUCCACUACCACCUCCACUCCACUACCACUACCACUACUCCACCUCCACUACCACCUCCACUCCACUACCACCUCCACUACCACCUCCACUACCACCUCCACCACCACCAUCUCCACUACCACCACCACUACCAGCUCCACUACCACUACCACUACCACCUCCACUACCACCUCCACUACCACCUCCACUACCACCACUAUCUCCACUACCACCACCACUACCACCUCCACUACCACUACCAACUCCACUACCACCUCCACUACCACCUCCACUACCACUACCAACUCCACUACCACCUCCACUACCACCUCCACUACCACUACCACCUCUACUACCAUCUCCACUACCACUACCACUACCACCUCCACUACCACCUCCACUACCACUACCACCUCCACUACCAUC